AAAACAACUAACUGAACAGGUCUGUCAUUACUUAAGAAAACGAACUUAAACAGUGUUAGCUGGUCAGUGUGUAGGUUCUACUUCGAGGAAGUGUACUCGUUAUUAUGAUUUUCCCCUCAGCGUUUCCUCUUUGCGUUUGUGUGGUGGCAGCACUGGUACGAACCGCAAUCGCCGCACCGUCGGAUAUUAAACCGGAGUCUCCCUGCCUCAAAUUAUUUCAUUACGAAUCCGUAAAUGAACCGGGCAGAUGGACCGGAAAUCUUGAAGUUAAUUCCGAGGAUGAGCUGCACGGUGUCUGGAUUAGAGUGAUAUUCGAUAGUCCAGUGAAGGAGUUGAUAGCGGAAGGUUAUGAAGUAGUUCUAUCAAAAGACAGGAAAAACGAAGCGUUAAUCAAGAACAAAAAUAUCCUGUUAAAAGCUGGAUCCAUUUCAAACAUCAAAAUAACUGGUAAAUAUGAUGGCGAUAAAUUUCCCAACUUAAUAGAGUAUCGAUUGAACGCCAAGACAAUCUGCCCCGCGUAUAACACGUUGCGCACAGACCUCUUCGAGGGUGACGAUAAUUCAAUACAAUUCUUAUCCUCCAUCUUAUCAAGAACGAAACCUCCCUCCUAUAAGCCUACAUUCGAGUGCGGACUCAAACGAUCCGACGUAUACCCAUGGCAGGCAGCCGUUUCGAUUACAAAGGAUGGUAAAGACCAAUACAUAUGCGAAGCUACCCUGAUCUCUACUUCUCAUGUAAUACUUCCCGCUCACUGCGUUACAUUCAGCAGCGACGACGAGAGCGUACCCGAAAACAUUCUUUCAGUCACCCUAGCUGGGGCAAAGGACACACUCCGCGUCAAGAAUAUAAUUGUACACCGAGGGUACGAUCCUAACAUUUUGAUAGACGACGUGGCUAUCCUGGAACUGGAUGCUGUCUUGAAGAUCAGUGACAACGUUAGGCCAAUUUGUUUAGAAGGCACAGACGGGUCUAUAGAUUCGUUAGUGUUGGUUGGUAAGGCCGUUGAGGCCGAUCAAAAAAUCGGCAAUCAAGCACUGGAAACUAUUGUUGAUGACGUAGAUACAGGCGAUUGUGCAUUGAAAAAUCCAGAAUUAGCUGCGUUGUUAGGAGAUAACUCUGUGUGUGUUUCAUAUCCAUCUGGGAAAUCUGCGUGUACCGGAAGUUCAGGAAGCAGUAUAAUUUCACGAGUAAACAACGUUGCUACGCUGAGAGGCAUUGUGAUCGUAGGACCUCUUCUUCAGGAUAAAAAUCAGUGCAAUGCAGAUACCACAACAGUAGGAAUUAAUAUCGCUAGAUAUUACAAAUGGAUUUUACGUUCUAUUUCCUAAGUAUUUUUUGCUACAUCAUGUUUGCAAAAUCUGCUGAAAAUAUGCAAUUAUUAAAUUGUUUAUAUCUUAAGAUAAAAUAAAACAAAUGAUUUUUGAAAAACAUUUGUCCCUUUA